AACGAAGUCCAUGUCAGCCGGGCACUUGUGAAAACGGUGGAACUUGUUUUGAAACAGAGAGUGGUUUUCGAUGUCUAUGUCGUGCGGGUUAUGACGGAAAAACGUGUUCAGUACGGCAUAGCUGUCAACCAGACAUUUGUAAGAAUGGCGCCAAGUGUAUUGAGCAUGACAGUGGCUUUCGAUGCAUUUGUCCAUCCGGAUACAAAGGCUCCUACUGCGAUGAAGUAGAUCACUGUCGGCCUAAUCCUUGCCAACAUGGCGGAGAUUGUGUUGAAACAGAAAAUGGUUUCAAGUGUCACUGCCAAGCGCAGUUUCAGGGAUUACGGUGCGAAGAAAUGAACAUGUGUAUACCAAACCCCUGCAAGAACGGUGGGCAGUGUUUAGGAUACGAAGGAGGUCAUAAAUGUAUCUGUCUUCCUGGUUAUAAAGGAGAAAACUGCGAUGAAAAGAACCCGUGCGAACCCAACCCCUGCCACAAUGGAGGAGCGUGUACAAAACAGGGAGAUCACUACACGUGCUCUUGUAGAAGAGGAUACACAGGCGACCAGUGUAAAACUGUUGACAGCUGUUUGUCCAAUCCUUGUCAACAUGGUGGGACCUGUAAGGCGGAGGAAGGAGGCUUUGUUUGUUCCUGUCCUGCCAGCCACAGAGGGACAUUUUGCAACGAAAGAGAACCAUGUCAUCCAAACCCAUGCCACAACGGAGGAAGAUGUCUGUCAACAUCUGAAGGGUUCGUCUGUAGAUGUGCGACAGGAUACAGAGGAGAAACAUGCACAGAGGAAGAUGAAUGUCAGCCAAAUCCUUGUCAGAACGGAGGAAGAUGCGUGGCACAUUACUUUGGUGGAGGUUUCGAUUGCGAAUGUCCCUUGGGAUUUAGAGGAACCACUUGUCAAGACAAAGAUCCUUGCAGACCUAAUCCGUGUGGUCAUGGCGGGUUUUGUACAGAAAUCGGCGGAGGCUUUGCCUGCAAUUGUACUCUGGGAUUCAAAGGACCAACUUGCCAAG